GGCCGGGUUCUAGCGUCCCAUUGGUCACUCCUGCCGCGGAGGCCGCGCUCGCCCGAGCGGCGACAGUUCGCGGGUCAAGUCCUGCUGACAUGUCUCCCGAGGACCCCGAGGAGACUCGGCCGCUGCUGCGGCCACCGGAAGCCAGGACUCCCCGCGGCCGCCGGGUCUUCCUCGCUUCCUUCGCCGCCGCUCUGGGCCCCCUCAGCUUCGGCUUCGCGCUCGGCUACAGCUCCCCCGCCAUCCCCAGCUUGCGGCGCACCGCACCCCCGGCCCUGCGCCUCGGAGACAGUGCGGCCUCCUGGUUCGGGGCCAUCGUGACCCUGGGUGCUGCGGCAGGGGGCAUACUGGGCGGCUGGCUCCUGGACCGUGCAGGGCGCAAGCUGAGCCUCUUGCUCUGCACCGUGCCCUUCGUGACUGGCUUUGCUGUCAUCACCGCGGCCCGGGACGUCUGGAUGCUGCUCGGAGGCCGCCUCCUCACCGGCCUUGCCUGCGGAGUCGCCUCACUAGUGGCACCGGUUUACAUCUCAGAAAUCGCCUACCCAGCCGUCCGAGGACUGCUUGGCUCCUGUGUGCAGCUGAUGGUUGUCACUGGCAUCCUCCUGGCCUACGUGGCAGGCUGGGUCCUAGAGUGGCGCUGGCUGGCCGUGCUGGGCUGUGUGCCCCCCACCCUCAUGCUGCUGCUCAUGUGCUACAUGCCCGAGACCCCACGUUUCCUCCUCACUCAACACCAGUACCAGGAGGCCAUGGCUGCCCUGCGCUUCCUGUGGGGCUCUGAGGAGGGCUGGGAAGAGCCCCCUGUUGUGGCUGAGCACCAGGGCUUCCAGCUGGCCCUGCUGAGGCGCCCUGGCAUCUACAAGCCCCUCGUCAUCGGCAUUUCCCUCAUGGCCUUCCAGCAGCUGUCAGGGGUCAAUGCUAUCAUGUUCUAUGCCAACAGCAUCUUCGAGGAGGCCAAGUUCAAGGACAGCAGCCUGGCCUCGGUCACUGUGGGCAUAAUCCAGGUCCUGUUCACUGCUGUGGCGGCCCUCAUCAUGGACAGAGCAGGGCGAAGGCUGCUCCUGGCCUUGUCGGGUGUGAUCAUGGUGUUCAGUAUGAGUGCCUUUGGUACCUACUUCAAACUGACCCAGAGCCUUCCCAGCAACUCCUCCCACAUAGGCCUGGUGCCCAUCGCGGCGGAGCCUGUGGAUGUCCAUGUGGGGCUGGCCUGGCUGGCUGUAGGCAGCAUGUGCCUCUUCAUUGCUGGCUUUGCGGUGGGCUGGGGACCCAUCCCCUGGCUCCUUAUGUCAGAGAUCUUCCCUCUGCAUGUCAAGGGUGUGGCUACCGGUGUCUGUAUCCUCACCAACUGGUUCAUGGCCUUUCUGGUGACCAAAGAGUUUAGCAGCAUCAUGGAGAUACUCAGACCCUACGGUGCCUUCUGGCUCACCGCUGCCUUCUGCAUUCUCAGCGUCCUAUUCACACUGACCGUUGUCCCUGAGACUAAAGGCAGGACUCUGGAACAAGUCACAGCCCAUUUUGAGGGACGAUGACAGACCCUUUCUGUGACUGGGAACCCCGAACUGAGCUAGCUUUGGGUUUCAGAAGGAGUGGAGUGGCCUGUAGCUGAGCCACACCUCAGUUUGAGCCUGGAGGCCCCCUGACUCCUCAGGCCUCAGGGCCCUCUUUGUCCAGAUCUCAACCCAGAUCCCACCGUGAGGUUCACCAGACUCUGAGUGUGGUCUCUGCAGCCUGCUUCACACACAGGACAUCUGAGGAGCUGUGCAGUCUCACCUGACCCAGGUGUCUCCUUCUUAAGACUAAGGCAGCUGAAGGGACCUGAGGGCUCCCUGGAGAACUUUGGGGUGUCCGUCCUAAGCAGCCACCUGUACCUCACUUGACUGGGAGAUCAGAAAGGGACUUAGCCAUAUGGGCUCAGAAACAAGGUCAGGUGAGCCCAGGUAGAAAAGAGAAUGUUCUUGCCAACCAAGCCCUCCUCAGAGCUGCGUGGAGACCCUCCGGGGUCACCCUGGGGUCAGCCAGCUUACCCAUCACUUACAGGUUCUUUCUGGCUCUUUCCUGGGCUCCGUGUCCUGGGUCAUUAGCCACCAUAUCUUGUUGAGUUUCGGGAAAUAAAAAGCCUCUUACUGUUCAACUUCA